ACUUUUCGAAUCGUAUCAACACACUUUCAAAAAGGGUUGUGGAUAUCUUUUAAAACAACAUUAUCAAGUUAUCGACCAAGAAAACAGAAGUGGGGGGUGACCUGAGUUUUUCAACACGACACAAAAUGUCAGGAUUAUUCAAAACGGUGACAUUUAUGGUUUUGGUUUUUGCUGCGGUUGUUUCCGCAGAGGACUACGAGGUUGGUGAUGAUGCCAAAUGGGCGAGACCUUCCGAUCUCGAGUUCUAUAAUACAUGGGCUGCCGGUAAAACUUUCCUAGUAGGCGACGUGCUCGAAUUUGAUUUCGAUGCUGAGAGACAUGAUGUGGCAAUCGUAACAGCAGAUGAAUAUGAAAACUGCGAGAAAGAGACACCCCUCAGCCUCAUUAAGACUUCCCCUGCCAAGAUUAUGCUAAACGACACCGGACCAAUAUACUUCAUCUGCACCGCCGCUGACCAUUGCCGCUUUGGUCAAAAACUUACCGUCAACGUAGUUGACGAUGCUAGUGGUAGUCCUGGUGGACAUAGCGGUGGCGACGCCAGUGCUACUCCUCCAGCACCUAGCAAGGCUACCACUCCCGCACCUAGCAAGGCUACCACUCCAGCAUCCGGCGGUGCUACUACUCCAGCACCUAGCGGUGCAACCGCCCCAGGUGCUGAAGGAACCUCUCCCACAACCCCAGGAGCCGGGACUACUGCACCUACCGGAUCUAGUGAAACAACUACACCAGCUCCGGCUGAAAGCACCGCUUCUUCAUUAGGUGGUGCUUCUUUUAUGGUCGCCUUUGUUUCUGCUGUUGUUGCUCUCUUUUGAGUUAGAUAAUAUUGAGUAUAUGUGUUUGUCUCGCUUGUUAUACGUAUGUACUAUGUGUUUGCUUUCAUGAAAAAAGAAAAUUUAAUGGUCAUGCAUUUUACUAGCUCGUUAUGGGAAAUAAGACUCGUCUUUCAUCUA